UAGUUGUUUUGUCGUGGAGAGCGUCUGGGUGCAAGCGGGCGAUUGACAGUACAGAACUGGUUGGCUCCUUUUGCAGGUUGAGGUUACAGCUGGUUGGUCAGAUCUGCAGCAGUACAAGGGUUUAAAGUUUCUCCCUAGAACAUAAAUGCAAUGCUGCUUGUCAGACGCUGCCACAGCCUGACUCGAUGUGGCCUUCUCAACACUCAAAGGCGUCAGGUGGCACCUGCUGUGGCCUCGUGUGCAGUUCGUCUCUGGAGCAGCAGCAGCAGUGAUGAACAGAGAUCGUACCAGCGCGCCCACAGUCCCAGCUGGAGACAUGGCCUAGCGGGCCUGCUGGCUGGUACGGGGGCUGUACUGGUUUAUGGCCUCCACCAUCAGAAGGCUGAGCGGGAAUACCCCGUCAGAGUGCAGACCUUAGAGAAGACCUCCUCUCUUCCCAUCUUCAGCCAAGAAGAAGUCAAAAAGCACCGCUCCUUGGAGGAUGGCGUGUGGGUCACUUACAAAGGUGGCGUCUAUGACAUCACUGAGUUUGUGGCCAUGCACCCUGGUGGGGAUAAAAUCUUGUUGGCAGCGGGUGGGGCCCUCGAACCCUUUUGGGCGCUGUAUGCUGUACACAACCAGGAGCACGUGCUGGAGAUCCUCUCAGAAUAUAAGGUUGGUGAACUGAACGCAGAAGACGUGAAGAAGCAGCAGGCGGUUAAGUCAUCUGACCCCUACUCCUCUGACCCAGAGCGUCACCCCGUCCUGCACAUCAACAACCUCAAGCCCUUCAAUGCUGAGCCGCCUCCUGAGAUCCUCUCUGACAGCUACAUCACCCCCUCUGCUUUGUUCUUCAAAAGAAACCACUUACCGGUUCCUCAAGUGGACCCGGCUUCUUAUCAGCUCCAUGUGGAGGGACUACCUGGAGGAGCACUGACUCUGUCUUUAGAAGACUUGAAGACUCGAUUCCCCAAACACACUGUCACUGCCACACUGCAGUGUGCAGGUAACCGCCGUUCUGAGAUGAAUAAGGUCAAGCAGGUGAAAGGAUUGAACUGGGGCAUUGCUGCCAUCAGUAACGCCACAUGGAGCGGCGCUAAACUCAGGGAUGUGUUGCUGGCAGCUGGCUACAGGCCAAAUGUGGCUCAGUGGGCUCGACACGUUCAGUUUGAAGGUCUGGACAAGGAUGUGACGGGUACUACCUAUGGUGCUUCCAUCCCUAUAAACAAGGCAGUUAGUGAGGAAGGUGAUGUGCUGCUGGCUUAUGAAAUGAACGGUGAGGAGCUUCCUGCCGACCACGGCUUCCCCGUCCGCGUUGUGGUCCCAGGCACAGUGGGUGCACGUAAUGUUAAAUGGCUGGGGAAGAUCAUAGUGAGCACAGAGGAGAGCAGCAGCCACUGGCAGCAGAACGACUACAAAGGUUUCUCCCCUGGGACGGAUUGGGACACGGUGGACUUCAAGUCUGCUCCGGCCAUCCAAGAGCUGCCCAUUCAGUCUGCAAUCACCACACCAGCAGACGGUGCUGUUGUUGAUCGCAGUUUAGAAGAAGUGAAAGUGAAGGGCUAUGCCUGGAGCGGCGGGGGCAGAGAGGUAAUACGCGUAGAUGUUUCUCUAGAUGGAGGAAAGACGUGGCAGGUGGCCCAGCUGAGGACCAGUGACGAGGGACAAGCACCUGAACCCUCACCUCCACCGGGAAGAGCCUGGGCCUGGAAGCUGUGGGAGGUGACAGCUCCUCUUCCUCCCGAAGCUCAGGAACUGGAGAUAGUUUGCAAGGCGGUUGACAACAGUUACAACAUUCAGCCAGACACAGUGUCUCCCAUCUGGAACCUGAGGGGCGUCCUGAGUAACGCCUGGCACAGAGUGAAGGUGAAGAUCAGAGAGGAUGAGGAUGAAAAUGAGGAAUAGACUCGGUGGUUUUGAAGUGGGGGGGGGGGGGGAAUCAGUGUCAUAGAACCAAAGCUCGCACAAUAUUUUGAAGUGGUACAACAAAUAUCAGAAAGAUCUCUUGACACGGUCUUGAAGUAUUUAUGCAGUCACAUUGCCUGUGAGAUUGAAGAUGUCCAGUGGUGCAUACUCACAGCAAAGCUAAAGGCUGUAAAUGACUAAACCAAAAGAUGUCCAGUUUAACGUGAGUCUUUGAGAUUUCUAGAAAAUAAAACCUUUAUUUUUGUAAUCAUUAUCAACUUUCUUAACAAUGAAGAUGCUCAGUAAUCUAAAAAGGGGUUGAAGUAAUUAUGUUAAUUAAAUGCAUCAUAAUUUAAAAGCCUAAUUUUAGAUAAUAUUAUGGAAUUUAAUUGAAAUGUAGAGAAGUUUUGAGUUUACUAUUGUGUUACUGCUUUGAAUGAACGCUACUAAAGUCGCUUUUCUUUAGGGAGAACAGCUGGAGUUUAACGAGACUAGAAUCAACUAGGACCUUUUAAAACAUUUGGGAGCUUUUCUUUUUUUUUUUAUCUGCAGCUGUGGCUUUGGUGAUCAGUAACCUCUGCAAAAGAUAAUAACAUAACUUUUCAUGGGAGAGGUUUGAGUAGCUUAAAGAAAAAUUAGCCGGAUUUAAUUGUCAGUGGCUGACGGGGGCUCCAUUCAGUUAUUCUCCCUCUGUUUCACAAUUGGUAUGACGUACCAGGUCCCACUGUGGAGAUCAAGUCAGAGUUUAGACUUUACCUCGAAAUUUAGCACAUUGCAGAGGUUUUGUUGACCACAGUUUUGACCCGAUGUGUCAAAAACUGGAAUAACUGCACAGCUUUUCCAAAAGAAAGGUUCUUUUUCAGUCAUCAAGAUAUUCAGUCAUAUUAUUGUUAAUUCAUCUGAGUCAUAUUGUCAGCUACUUAACUCCGGUCGUAGCAAGCAGCCCUGUGAUUCACACUGGAUGACUAUGUUUCGUGUAAAAUGAGCAUUACCAUUGUGGACGAUGAAUAAAGAGCUCUGAUUUUACACCGGCAUUUGAUUCACUUGCUACAUAGUGUCACUACCAUACAGCACAUCUUAGAUUGGCUCUUCUUUCGUGUACAGACAUGAAAAUGAACAUUUGUAUUAUUAAAAUGUUUUAAAUUUUUUUUGAAUAUUUGCUAACACAACAGGUUUCUCAGCGCUGCAGUAAUGAAAUAUUUGCACAUUUCACUGUUGGUGAAACAUGUUGAGUUGUUGGCUACUAACCAGGUCAAACUGCAGUUUUUGCUUAUUCAUAAGAGACAAAUCACAAAAGUACCGUACUGUAAGUUUAACAUGCCUAAAUCAUAUCCAGCUUUUCAUGCAUUAAAAUUUUUUUUUAUAUUUUA